GGAAGAGUCGGCAAUCCGCGUUAUGCGUUACGCAUAGGGUGCAGUGUUUAAAGCGUGUAACGUAUAUGGCCCGUGUAUGUGUAUGUGAGAGAGGGAGGAGGGAUUUGUGUGUAUAUUUCGAGUACACUUGUAUCAAAUAAUCGGCUCGACAGUUGACGAUUAUACGCGCAGUCUGCUUUUCCGCUGGAACGAAACCGCACAAGUGUGAACAUUCUGGGCUCUGUGCGGAUGCGAAUUUUGUCCAGUUCAAUUUGUUUCUCCUCCUGCGACUUUGAAACGACUUUUCAUCGGUGAAAAGUGUGUAAAUAUAUAGCACUUUGUGGAUUCGCUUGUCAUUUUUCGGAGUCCAUUUUGCUUGGUUACGUGUGUGGUAGAACUGCAGAGAUUGAAACCAGUAACAGAAUUUAAUGUCUGCGCACCAGUAUUGUAUGAUGACCGAAACGAAGACUAGCCCGUAGAUACCGGUGUAGCACGUAUCUUUCGAUAACACCCCCGUUACGCCGGUUUUAUAUCCCAAUAUUACUGUUAUUACAUUAUCGAAUGUCGAUACUGCUAAAUCAGUUUAUAGUGUAUUCAUCGCCGCGCGGUCGGGAAUGCACAAACCUGAUUCGCCCUGCAAAAGUAAGGACGCAAUAACACAUGAUUGUGAUUAACGCAUUGACUGCCCCGUUAGAAUUCCCAUCGAGCGUCCGAUGGUUUAACCGAAGUUCGAGAUUAACCAAAGAUGAGUAAAUACAGUUCCUACCUAACACGUAUACGUAUUAUACCUUAUUUCGUCGGCUUCUCCCUCGGUCUUGCAUCUGAAACUGCACAUGUGCAAUUAGUCACGUCUCACGUGUAAAUUAACGAAAUGCCUUGGUAUCGCCAUAGUAGCGCCGGAUCGCAUCGAUUAUUACUGCGGCAGUCAACGUGUUAACGGUUUCGAGUCUACAAGAAAAAACAAGAAAAGAAUACGUUAUGUUGAGUAUAUCGUAUUGUUUCUUGUAUUCUUUGCGGUAUACACUUUAUGGGUAUAAGUAUGAUUAAGCUGACAAUGGCUUGGCGUUUCCAAUAAUAUAAUAGCAGUAAUAUCGGUCGUAAUCCAUGCACUCCGAGUUUUUCGUUGUGUGUUUGAAGAUUGAAGGCGGAGCUGUGGAUUGUCACAAGUCAAUAUGUGACGCAUCGUCAUUGGAAGGCCCAUCGUAUAUACCACUUUUUUCAAAUUUUCACUCGAAGUUAUCCAUCAAUCCGAUUAAGAGCAAUUUCACAGAUUUUAUAGAAUAUGAAAUUUGUUGAGAUGUCGGAAGUAGUUCUUGAAAUCUACAAAGAUCAACAUUCGCCACACUUUCGAAAUCUGGAUUUAGAACAUACGUGUAAAGUUUUUCCACGUGGAAGUUUCGAGAAAUCCUCCUCCCUUGAUUUUACUUAUUAGGAGAUCAGAGUUUUGAAAAAAUUUCAGUCAAACUCCAUUCAGCCGACUUGGUGUAUAAAACUUUCGUCGUUCUAAACGUUUUGGAACACCUUUAUACGAUAUCCUUAUAUAGGGUGUUGGGAAAUUCUUGAGCUGUAUAUAGAUAACAAGGGUCAAACUGAAGGGAAAAGGUGUGUAUCAUUUUGCAAACUUUGCAAAGAGUUACUCCGUAAUUAAUGAAAUGUUCAUUCAUUCUACUUGCACACGAUGGCUACUUCAAGAGUUUUCAGAUACCUUGUAUAUGAUAAAAAUAUAUAGAGUGAGUCGGAAAUAAGCGACCAUAUUGUAAGAAUGUAGUUUAUUAAAGUCAUUUAUUCCAGGCUUACUUUGUAUAUUGUACAAAAAUGCUACUGAAAUUCAGUAUUCAGUAUUCUGGGUAUUCCUUGGUGAAAUUAUUAACCUCAUCGUAUAUUCCAUUCGGCAUUUUACAGUCACGUUGCUCAAUACAUCUUUCUCUAGAAUGAACUAAUCCGCAGGAUUAGCACCUUAACAGUUGUCACGUUUCACACGCUUCUCAGCUUGUGUCACUGUACUCACUACGUUUGUCACGUAAUGAACAUGGUACAUCAGAAAUUCUCAUCCGAGUAUCUUUAAAUUUGUUCUACGCAGACGACAAUCUACUUUAUUGAUAUAUUUCGCACAUUGGGCACUGAACAUGUGAUUGCUUAAUUCUAGAUCUGAUUUAUCUAAUAUGGAAAACGUAAUUUAAUAUUAAGAGCUUUAUUUUCCAAGGAUGUAUGGGUGUUACGUAGAGAUAUUUGUCGCAGAGCAGCAACAAAUUUCGUGUAUCAUUGCAUUUAUUUCUUCCAAAUAUCCGUGCAAAAUUUUGAUACGAGUUUUCUUAUCGAUUCGUGAACUCAUUUUUAUUAUUUUUACAUUGGUUCGUGCGGAAGACAAACAAAAGUGCUGCAUUUGCGCGUAUUUGCAGCAGGUAUCAGGCAGCAAGUUUGGCUAAGAAGGAAGUCAGCGACGUUCAAAUGUUUGUCACACGCAGUAAUGAAGCCCUAAGAUAUCUGCGUGGAAUCUCAUUCGGAUUUGUCUCGGUCCGUUUGAAAGGGAUAUUUUAUCUCGGCACGUAUUUCGUUUCAAAACUGUUAAUUUAGUAUGAAUAAUUGAUUACUUCUGUAUCUCAUGUAUGUUUAAAUAUCAUUAAAUGUUUUUAAAUUUUAACGAUUUCUUUGCCAAUAUUGCACAGCCCAUACAUCCUUGAUGUCAAACCUGACGCCGAUACGUCAAUAUUAUGUUACGCGUUAUAUCGAUGUUAUUUAAAACCUGUUUAUUAAUCGACUUUAUUAUUCGAACUAUUUAUUAAUCGAGACCUCUUGUUUCACAGGAAACUUGAGUGUCACAGCAAGCUCAAUUGUAAAAACAAAGCGUUAUAAAUCUGCGUACUAAACGUCAGAAAUGUUUCAACAUUUAUGCUGCGAUUUCCACGCGCGUGAGGGAAAGAAUAAUACUUUCAAUAUUCCAUUACACAAUGGAAAUGUUUCCUAAAAAGAGUCCCUAAAAAGCAUUCGAUAGGAAUGCGAAAGAAGCGGUAACAACUCGUUAUUUCUUCGAUAACCUCGAUCAGACUCGUCAGAUAUUCGUACCUAUCGUGAUUGUUGUUCUUUAGGAGAAAUACAAAACUCAGUUGUUCGUUGAACUGUUUAUUGGCUGGACUAAUACGGAUAACAAUUUUAUCAUCCGAAAUUUUCGAGAGAAAUUACCGUGAAGACACCGCACGGUGCUGGUCGAGGAAAAACAGGCCGUCAAAAUAAUAGCUUUUACAUGUGAACAAAAGUUUCAUUUGCGCGUAUCACAAGUAUCUUAAUCGCGUGUUGAUACGUGUCGUUGGUGCAAGUUUACUUUACUGAUAGUUGUAUCAUUAUUUAUCUGUCAAACGACUAAAGGAGAGACGAGGUAACUUCCACGUAAAAUCAAAACGUAUCUCUUUUUUCGUUUCCGAUGAUAAUAACGAUAUAACAUUCAAGGUUCGUAGCAAUAAUGUUUUUUUCCCUUUUUUUUUUCUUUUGCAGAUAGUAGAUAUAUUUAUUACGCGAGUUAGUGACGUGGUUUUGCUGGAAGAGGUUUUGAGAUAGUUUGAGCAAAUAACAAGCCAGAUAUACAUCUGAUAGCGAUUUUAUUAAGGCUAAAUGUUAAGGUAUCUCAGACGUUUGCGCGUGUUUCAAAAUUGGCGAAAAAUAAACGUGUUGUUUCCCGUGAAGCGCCCAACGCCGCAAACUUUUAUGUACAUUACUAGACUGCUAAUUGCUCCGAAAAGUAUGUACAGAAUUUACGCGCAUGCGUCGCAUAAGUAUUAUAAUAUUUACGUCUAAUUGGUUGAAUUUCAAACAAUAUAUAUAUAUAUAUAUGUGUACUUUUCGCGGCUCAGUUCUUUGCUCAGUAUACAAGGGAGUUGGCAGUCUAAUUUAUAUGGAUUAUGAAGUGGAUGUCUGUGGAAGAGAGCUACAGACGGUCUUGAAAUCGACUUUUGUCAGUGUCAACAUUAACACAUCAUGUUUCAUGUUUCUAUAACAAAAUUCGAUUUAACGUUCGAUGUAACGUUAAAUCGCAAGUCCCUGUGAAUAUGAAGAGUUCUUGGCUAAUUAAGCUGCAAGUGAAUAUGAAUUUCUACCUACUCACUGGGAUAUUCUUUAUUCAUUUUGAAGUUCCGUUUGAAGCAAAUUGUCCCAACAGAAUUUUAACGUUAGAUAACUAUUUUAAGACAGCUAUUCAAGAUUUGUGAGAUGGAACGAUCACAAGCAACAACAACAUCCGUCGUAACAUUUUUGCGGAAGAAUUCCAAAGAGAUGUCAAUUCGUUAAAAUGUGAGACGCAAAACGCAGGAAGAUUACUUCAGCUCCGAAUUUCGUAAUUUACACGGACAAGAGCUGGGGAGAAAAACACAGAGGGACAUGUGUUUAUUUUCCUCCAAUUAUGAGAUUCCACAGUUGAAUGACGUAUGCUAUGCAAUAUAGUUUCAAUCGCGUGUUUGGACAAAAAUCUAUCGAGAUACGAGAAAGAGAGAGAGAGAGAGAGAGAGAGAGAGAGAGAGAGAGAGAGAGAGAGAGAGAGAGAGAGAGAGAGCGCAAUAUACAGAUACAUCAGUAGAAAGCGAAGGAAAUAUCGUUGCGGAUAGUAAGAGCAGGAUAUAUAGGUGGCAAAAAAGUUCUUUCGCAACAUGAGAAAACAUCGAGCCGGUCUUUUGUGUCAGUUGCCGUUAUUACCGCUAUUUAUUCGGGAUAGAUCUGACGUAACUGUAGCUUUGUUUUCCAUCGGUAAACUAUCUACACCAUCUUGCAGUCCUCCUCUCUUUUCUUCCAACAAGUCUCAACUGUCUCUUUUUGAGUUGUCGAAGUAUAUACAGUACUUCGGCAAUAGAAAACAAAUCUUGUGUAUCGCUUUACGACCUUCGCUCCCGGAUUCGCUUCUAACUGUCGCCAGCGAUCUCGUCAUCUCGUGCCCGAUUUUAGCGAUUAUUCUGCAGGCCGAUGGCAGGGAUGGAGAGUAAGUGUUGAAAAUCGGGCUGCGUUGCUCAAUACGGAGAUUUUCCGUUCCGUUACGAUUGCCACGUUUCUCAUUUUCUCCCAUUUCUUCUCUGAAUUUUCUCUCUCGUUCUUUCGCUCUUCGUCCCUCCUUGCCUCCCGCUCUUCCCUCCUCUGCUUUCUCAUACUUUUUCACAUACGCAUGCACGCACCACACAUACUCUCCUCCACUUAAUCCCCACCCCUCUUCCCCCGUCCCCCGUUUCUUCUUUAUCUCUCUCCUUCACGCGCUCGCAAAAGUAAUCGACCGGUUUUGAACAGCACUUUCGUCUUUCAUGGUCGUGUCCUAUAGAAAAGGAAAUGGUGCUCUCGUUGCUCCGAGCGAACGCUGCGGAUUCAUGAUGCGCUGGUAUUCGUAAAAUUGUAUAUAAUAGCGUGUAAGUAAAGCGAAGAAGUGUUAAGAAGAAAAAAGAAAAAAAAAAGAAGAAAAAUAACACGUUAUGUACUUGAUGUUCUCUUCGGUCGUGUCUAAUGUACUUAAAGAGGCCGCGGGGAGUGAAGGAGGGGGGGGGAGGAAGCAAGAGGAACUGUUAAAGGGGGAAAGAAAGUGUGCGGUUGAUAUGCGAACGUUACAGCUGUGAUGUAAUUACCGACGGUAAGAGUAGAGAAAGGAGAGACAAGCGCCGAGGGCUAUCGACACACAGAUGUGAAUGAGAGAAGCUUUAACGUGCAACGCGUGGUACAUAAGUGGGGUACGUACGCGUGCAAGAAGACGGCGGAGGUAGAAGAAAGAAAGAAAGAAAGAAAGAAAGAAAGAAAGAAAGAAAGUGACGCUUGUAUAUGUUCGAACAAAAUAUCGAAAUGAUCGUUUAUCUAGCGCGUAAGAACGUAAAUAAAAUGUAAAAUAUCUCGGAGAAAUAAUGAUUUUUGUUUUCUCUAUAUGUAAGCGCGUAGAGAGACACACACUUACCGCUAGGUGUAUGCGAGGCGAAGCAAGAACAAAUAAAAGGAUCAUUUUAGAGUUUUAUACUUACAUCGCACCUUGACUCGUGGACGUACUAUCCAUCGCGCAGUACUUUAUCAAUCCUGUGACAAGGAAGGAAGAAGAACAAAAAAAAACACGUUAAUAUAUACGAUGUAUAAUUAUGAUAUAAAUUACAUGUUUAAGCACAUAUUACCAA